AUCUCACUCUGAACUCUAAACAAGGUCAAUGAUUUUUAAUUAAAAUAUGUUUUCCCGAUAAGAAGCAGAAAUCUGCAAAGUUCAACGUUAGUCUACUCUCCAAGAGCGCGGAAGUGCGGAACCCUAGAUCCAAACGCAAAAUGGAACUAAAGGGGGGAGGAACUGUUUACCGCCAGUGCCAAGUGCUGGAGUCUAUGUAUUCGAUGAUCGCAUUGGUUUUCAUACUCGUCACUUGCGUCGAGCUUGGCGAUGCCGCUGCUGUCGUCGACGUUUACCGCCUCAUCCAGUAUGAUAUCUCUGGUGUUCCCUUCGGAUCUCGCCUCGCCACACUUAACCAUCCGGCGGCCUCCAUGCACUUCUCCCCUGCUGCCGAUCUCUCGCGCACUGUCCUCAUGAUUCCAGUCCGCGAAUUAAAUAUCACCUUUGUGAGAGAAUACAUUGCUCAAAGACGACCUCUAGGGGGCUUAUUGUUUUUUCUUCCCCAAAUGCUUAAUUUUGCAAAAAUAGGCAGUAAAACGGGUAGUUACCAAAUAUAUGAAAUGGAGCUCUUGAAGACUGUACUGGGAGAGCUUGAACGAUUAGUUAUUCAUGCCAAUAUACCUUAUCCUGUAUACUUUGCUUUUGAGGAUGAUGAUAUCAAUGCUGUAUUGGCUGACGUUAAGAAAAAUGAUGCCACUGGACAGCCAACUACUGCAACUACUGGCGGAUACAAGCUCGUUGUCUCAGCCCCAGAACCUAAGAAAGUUGCAUCUCCCACCAUCAUGAACAUUCAGGGAUGGUUGUCAGGGUUGGAGGCAGAUGGAGAUACGAAUCAACUUCCAACCAUUGCUAUAGUUGCAUCAUAUGACACAUUUGGGGCUGCUCCUGCAUUAUCAGUUGGAAGUGAUAGCAAUGGUAGCGGCAUUGUGGCACUUCUUGAAAUAGCGCGGUUAUUCUCUCUUCUUUACUCAAACCCUAAGACAAGAGGAAGGUACAAUUUACUUUUUGGACUCACAUCUGCGGGACCAUACAACUACAAUGGAACCCAUAAGUGGCUUCGGAGCUUUGAUCAACGUUUGCGUGAGAGUAUUGAUUAUGCUGUUUGCUUAAAUAGCAUUGGUGCGUGGGACAAUAAAUUGUGGAUUCAUGUGUCUAAGCCUCCUGAAAAUGCAUAUAUCAAGCAAAUCUUUGAAGGUUUUUCCAAUGUGGCACAAGAGCUCGGUUUUGAAGUAAAUUUGAAGCACAAGAAAAUAAACAUCUCAAACCCUCGAGUAGCUUGGGAGCAUGAACAAUUCUCGAGACUAAGAGUUACUGCUGCUACCCUUUCUGAACUCUCUGUGGCACCUGAAUUGUUAGAAAGCACUGGAGGAUUGUCUGAUAACAGGCCUUUUGUGAAUGAUACUGCUAUCAUCAGAAGCAUCAAGCUAGUUGCUGAGAGUAUUGCAAGACAUAUCUAUGGUCAUCAGGGCAAGAACAUUCAAAUCUUUGCAGAUGAGAGCAGUUUGGCUGUCAACCCUUCUUAUGUAAAUGCAUGGUUGGACAUUCUGUCACGGACCCCCCGGGUGGCUCCAUUUCUCUUAAAGAAUGAUCCACUCGUCAUGGCACUGAAAAAGGAAUUAGCUGACCAUACUGAUCAGGUGAAUGUGCAACAUGAGGUGCUUGACGGGAUGUUCACUUUCUAUGAUUCAACCAAAGCGAAGCUUAACAUAUAUCAGGUUGCAAGUGUGACAUUUGAUUUGUUGUUGCUUCUGGUGCUGGGAUCAUAUUUGAUUGUGCUUUUUAGUUUUUUAGCCAUCACGACUAAGGGUCUUGAUGAUCUAAUCAGUUUAUUCCGACGACCUCCAUCACGCAAGAUGAAAACAGCUUGAUAUCAAAUGUAGGAUUGUGAGUUAUGGAUAACUGUUUAGUACUGAACAAGUACCUCGCAUAGCAUAGAAUGUACUUGUCAUGGAAUCUGGUAGUUCCUAUUAUUUAGGCACAAUGAGCAAUCAUUUUUAUCGUCUGCCAUAGGAUUUUUACCUUCUCAAGUUUUGCCCAAAUUUGUACCUUUGUAAUCCAGAAUGUGUGCUAGCAAUUUUACGAAUUCAAAGGGUAUAACUUCUC